UCAUCCCAAUAACAGUACAUAAACAAGCCAGACUGAAUUUUUGAAGUACCCUGGUAGUUAUGUAUUCGAUUGUUUAAAAAAAUCAGUACACUUUACAUUGAUAGCAGUGAUAAUGUUAAUAAACCCCAUAACCACAGUAUUUAAAAGCAGUUAUAAUUAGUAUGUGAAAUUAUAUGCCAGACCAAGCCGAACAAAGCUUAUUAGUGGAAAUUGUUAAAGUCAACAUGAUAGUGCAAGAUCCAAAAAUAUGAGUUUAGGAUCAAAGAAAGGAAAUUCUUCAAAUAUACGUUAAGUACUCCAUAAACAGUCUGUUCAGUGGCAUGUUUCAAGAUAAAUUCAGAAACCAGAGAUAAAUGUUGAUAUUUAAUUCUUAUUAUUACUUGUUAGCGAUCUUUGUACUUAAUUUGCUUUGUGUCGUUUCGGGAAGUGGAUGCAGCCAUUAUUUAUUAGUGUCUAUUCAGUGCUAAAUUUGGCCACUUUUCAACGUUCGCAGUGUUUGCGGUUAGGCAUGCCUGUUGUCUAGAUUCCCAAGUUAACUGAUAACUAAUCAAAUUGAAGAUGAGUAAAGGGGAAGAUGUGGAAGAUUUUGCUGCAAAUGAAACAGAUAAAUUAAAAGAAAACGUAAUAUCAAUAGAUGAAAGCAAUGAUAAAGAAGCGUUGGUUUUACCAUGGAGGGAUUCCGUGAAACAAAUUAUUGCUUGUUGCAUAGCACAUACUUUGGUCAUACAACCCGGAAUUAACAUGGCCUUUAGUGCAGUCUUGUUACCUCAGCUUCAAGAGUCGGGAAGUAACAUUGAAAUUGAUAAAUCGCAAGCAUCAUGGAUAGCUAGCAUAGUGGCAAUUGCUCUACCAAUUGGAUCUUUAAGUAUAGGUCCUAUGAUGGAUCGAUUUGGCAGGAAGAAAAUGUGUAUCUUGGCUACUCUUCCGUUUUUAGUAUCAUGGGCUUUACACGCAUUUGCUACCGAUGUUUGGUGCAUUUAUAUCGCCAGGAUAAUUGCAGGAUUUAGUGGAGGCUUAACAACAGUGGCUCUAGUUUAUGUGAGUGAAAUCGCCCAUCCAAAGUACCGGCCAAUGCUGCUCUCCUUGAAUAGUGUUUUUGUUACAUUUGGAAUAUUGCUCACAUGCGUUUUAGGCUUCUGGUUCGACUGGCGUCUUAUGUCCAAGAUCUUCUUUUGUUUGGUAUUAUUUACCACUUUUGCACUUUUUUGGAUACCUGAAAGCCCGUAUUGGCUAGUAGUUUUUAAAAAUGAUACUCUCGGGAGCGCUCGCUCAUUGAAAUGGAUAUACAGUAAUAAUCUGAUUGCUGAAAAUGCAUACAAAAGGGUAUUAGAAAGCAGACAUCAAAUAACAGGAAAGACAAAAGAUGAAACGUCCGAAAAAUCUCAACUGCUUCGGAUCAAAAAGAAUUUUAAUAUUUACAAGGAGCCGAUUGUUUGGAAGCCGCUUUUAAUUCUGUUGAUUAUAUUUCUCUUUCAACAACUCUCAGGUGCUUACGUUAUUGUUUUUUAUGCGGUAGAAGUUUUCCGUGGAAUUUCUAAUAGCACAAUGGAUGGAUUUGGUGCUUUAGUUUUGUUGGGCACUAUAAGAUUUGUUACUUCAAUAAUCUCUUCGCUCAUAUCCAGAAAAGUUGGACGGCGGAAAUUGAUGUUUUUUUCUGCCUUUGGGAUGAUUGUAACUAGUUUUGGAUGUGGUUUUAAUAUGUACUUUUCCCAAAACUUUCAAAGUAAUUCAAUUCUCAAAAGUGAUUCAUCGGUAUUGUCUAGGAAUGUUGGUCUUAAUUUGUCGUCUUUACCUCCAGAGCUAUUAGUUCCUGUUAAUACAACCACAUCUAGUUCAGAUGCAGAUUUACAUACACUAUCCCCAUUUCCAUUACAUCUUUUAGGUUUAAAUGUUACCGCAAAUUAUCCAGAAGCUUCGAAACUGACUGAAAGUACAAACAAAAUGUCCCUAUUCUUAGUGCUGGGUUAUGUGUGUUUUAGUUCAUUUGGCUACCUAGUGAUACCAUGGACUUUAAUCGGUGAACUGUUACCAGUUAAAGUUAGAGGCAAACUUGGAGGCGUCAUAGUAUCGGUGGCCUACAUUCUUAUGUUUGGAGUUGUUAAAAUAUUUCCAUUCCUAAUGGAAUCGGUGACAAUGGACCAUUUGUUUAUAAUUUUAGGACUAAUCAACACUUUAGGUUUGGUAUUUUUGUACAUUUGGUUGCCGGAAACACUAGGAAAAACUUUUGAGGAAAUUUCGGAGAAAUUUGAACACCAGAAAAGUACACGAGCUUCCUAGCAUUUUUUUACUAAACUAUGUUGUUAAUAGUAAAUAUUUUAUAUAUAUUGUAAAUGUGAUAUAAAAUUGCCUGUUUCUUCUAUUGUUCCAGUUCGGUUAUACUGCUAAUUGGGGAUAAUUUCAAAUAUCUGCGCAUCUCAGAAGUGAAUUGUGAGACCCUUAUACGAACUUCCCGAAAUAAGCUCAAUCCUAACAAAGUAUUUCAAUAUUUCUAAAACAUUUUGCUUAUUUUUAAAAUUGGCAAUAUUAAGUGCGAUGUUAUACGUUAAGCAAAUGCAAGCGUGUUAUUUUGAGAGAUUUUUAUAUUUUGAACAUUUAGGCUUCCCCCUUAAAUCUGCCUACGAAAUAAUUCAAGUUAAGGAAUUUCAUUUUAUCAUUUAAAAAAACUUAAUAUAUCGUACGCAUUUAAAAAUAGAGUUUCUCUUAUUUUAGCUUAUGAAAUGUUAACAGCGACAAUUUAUUGCUUGCUAGCUUGUGCAAAUAAGCUAAAUUCUCAAUUUAAUUGCAUAAUACGGAUUCACAUUAUAAAUAUUUUCUUAAAUAAAUUUCUUAAUGCGUCUAUGUAAAUCUAAUCAAAUUGGUUAUUUUAAUUUGAGUAAUAUUUAUUUAAAUUACAACGAGCAACAUUGAUUUGGCAUGACGAUUCAUGCUCAAAAUACGAAAUAUUUUUAAACUGAAAAAACAUAAUUUUGCAAAAUCUUAAGUUGAACUGAAAAGUUUGCAGUGAUUUUAUGAUGUUUUGCAUUCAGAAGAGCGUAUAUUAAUAUAUCGUUCUCAUUUUUGAAAUUUUGGACUGUUCUGACAGAAUUUAAUGAGCCUCAGACUCAGACUAGGUUCUGGAGAUACUGUAGCAAAAAUAUUCAAAUUACUAUUCAGGUAAGUUACGAGAAAUAAAAAAAAUAUAUUUUCUCUUUUCACAAUUAGAACAAGACUUUUCUUCAAGCUACCCUAUCAGCAAUGUUCUGAUAAUUAUUCGAUUUAAAAGAGUGCUUUCGAAACACUUGAAGAAAAAGUUUAUAAAGAUAAAAGAAACGAAACAAAGACUAUCCAGUCCGCAUCGUAAAGGUUCUGAUGAUUGUUAUUUCGCCAGCUAUUUUGAACCAUUUCUCAGAUGGUUCAUCUGAAACAUAUUAUUUGCCUAAUAGCGAAUCAGAUGUUUUUAGCUGGUUUUGAGAAAUAAUAGUUUUAGAUUUCAUCUGCUUGAUUUAACGCUAAUACCAAUGUCCACUUGAAUUUUUCGGGUAAAAAAAUAUAUUACUAGAAAUCCGAUAUAUAUAAUUAUAGGCGACACUCCAGAUAUUUUUGAUUAGAAGAUGGUUCUCAGUUCGCUAAAUCGGAAUGGUCGUACCCUCUAACCAGCUAUUUCCUACUCUUUCCAGUAUAUCCCUUUAUAAAAAUUUUGAAGUACCCUUAAGGGUCUAGAGCUUUCCGUAUUAAGAACACGUUUGCCUAAAGAUGUCUCCUGAAACUUUAACCUUAUUCCCAUUUUCCAAACGUCGAAUUAUCAUCAAAUGUUCAAACUUGGCGAUCCUUGUAAUGCAAAACUCUGCUCCGAUUUGAAUAUUCAGCAAUCACCAAGAUGGUUUAGGUGAAACCUUAAGUAGUUAUUUCAAUUUUCAGUUUGCUGUAUAAGCAAAUACACAAGCUCAAAAAUUUAGAAUUUCUGCACUAAAUCUUUAAUAUUAUUAUUAGAUUUUAUUUUUAUUAUAGUUUUAAUGAUUAUUUUCUGACUGUUUUUAGUGACCAGCUAGCAUUUUAUCAUUUCUUCAAUAUCAAGUUACUGUAAUCAUUUAGCAAUCGGGACUGUACAUGUUUACUAAAAAAUGUUUCCUAAUAUUUAUUAAGCACUUUAUAUUUUAUUUACCUGAAUUAUUUUUGCGCUUCUAAAUUCCUUUUCAUAUUUCAUUUUUCAUUUCCCAAAAUCCAGAUUUUUUUCCUGGUAGGAAGAAAUUGUCAGGUACGAAUAAACUUAACAAAAAGAUUAACUUCAGUACAGUUUUAAUACGCCUGAAUUAAAUCAAAAGUCAAUUCAAGUUUUGGGUUUAAAAAAUAAUCGUUACAUUACUCAGACUUACGGGGUGAUUUUUUCUUCCCCUUUAGAUGUAACAUAAAAUUUUAUUUAUUAUAGAAUGUUACAUUUUUAAGCAUAAACAUUUAAUUAAUAAGUGUAAAGAUAAUACUAGAAUAGUAAACCUAAUAAAUAAAUAUUUAUUUAGUAUAAA